AUUGCACCGCAGAGUACAGGAAAUGAGGGGCACAGCCACUGCAGCUGUAUACCGUGACUGCGUACCGAGUGACUUAAAUUCAUACGUCCAGCGGCGUAAGACUUGCACUCCCUCACCUUACCAACCUCCAGGUUGGUUCUCUUUCUCCAGGAUGGCGGUUCGAACCGUUGCUCGGGACAAGAGCUCAGCGGGCCUUCAUGAUUACCAUUCUACUCCAAGCUGUUGUCGUCAUUGCAAUGGUUGCAUUAACUUUCGGUGUCGUGAGUUUGCGAGUCUGUCGAGGGACUGGCGUCUAGAUGACUUUGCAGGUGCAUGCCUACCUUGGGGAUACUUUGGACACAGCCAGUUAUAAGACCUUGCCCUGUUAUCUGGCACUGUUCAUUCUCGCCGAGUUAUUUGAGCUCGCCCUGGCCUAUGACGCACUGAGAUUAAGAAAUGUCAUCCAACUACUCGGCAUCGUCGUAUUCCACGGUGCUCUCCUAGUCUUCUCUGCAUUACAGGUGCACGAGACAAAGAUUGCUAUAGUGCCCUGUUAUAUAUCGCAAUGCGAAAAUAACCCCAAUUUCUUAUGGGACAAGGUGAUGCCAUAUCUAGUAGUUGCACCCUGCGUAAUUGGCGCUUCGUGGAUCCUGAUAAUGUAUUGGAUCAAAGCACUCUACGAGGAAUUUGGAUGGGUGAUAUUCCACGUCGUGGGUGCGAACCCGAAGCUAAAGUCAAUGUACCAAUUCUAUCAAAUUUUUAUCUGCCUUCUGAAGUUCGACUUCUUCUGCUUUGUCGGAGUGACUAUGCAGCUUCUGAUCGUCGUUCUAACCGCUAACUCCGCUGAGUUUGGCGUCACGAUAGCUGCGAUCCCAGUUGUCGUAAUUCUCCUUGCCGGAUGCGCAUACGCCGUUCAGCGUGAGAUCAAAUGGUUGAUGUCGGCCUCGCUUGUUUUGAUGGUGGCUGCAAUGACUUACUUCGUGUACAAACUCGUCCGCUUCUACGAGCCUUCGUCUGACCAGCAAUACCUUUCCACACGCGCGACGUUGACUGUGUUCACGAUUUUCGCAUUCCUGCUACUUCUGGCCAGCUUCGCCGUCGGCAUUAAAUGCUUUUAUGAUUUUGACAAGGGAUUGCACGAUUCUAAGACCCAAGAUCUCAGUAUCAGUGCCGAUCAGCGAUACGGGUCUCCUCCGAAAGCCCAAGAGCGGCAUUCAUCUUACUCUACUGGCGGCGUUGCACUUCAGCCGCAGAUCUCCAUCGAAUGAUCAAGCCCUCUGCUGUGAUGGCGGUUUGGAGUUACGCACUAUUCUCAAGUAUGUGGUGGGGAACUGAUACCUUCGAGCGGACGACUCCUUUCCUGUAUAAUGCACUGCCACGGAAGUUUAUUUAAUCUCUCAGAUCACUGGAAGUAUUUGGAAUCUUUUACUUCGACGCCACUUAUAGUAUGCCGAUUGUAUACAUCGGGUUUACACUUGCAUAUGAGCCCUUCGUAUAAUCAUCUUGUACUGUUGGCGCCGAGUACUGAACUCGUACCAAGGCGUAGAGCCAAGAAAUUCAGACCUAGUCACUUGUCAC